GACGCCGGGGCUGGCUCGCAUUACAGAUGUCUGGGUCGCCAAAACUCAGCAUGAAGGAAGAUGAUGGGCUGCCUAGCACAGAGGGUGACGACUCAGAGGGCUCUCAACACUCCGGCGACUGGAACAAUCGCAACAGCACCAGCUCCAAGAGAGUGACCAGUCCGAUCACCUUGGGCUCGGAGUUCAUCCUGUCGAAGGCCCACACGGUGCUGGUGGAGGCCGAGCGAGGCCCCAAGCGCUACGUGUCGGCGGUGCUGCGGCACCCCAUCACCGGCAACUGCCUCGGCCUCCUCACGCUGUUCGAUGCCUACCUCUCCUGCGCGGACAUCGACCGCCGGGCCGCGGGCUUCGAAGAGCCGGACUGGCUCUCCUGGGCCAUGGACCUUUGCCUCCUAGCGUACUCGCUGGAGUACUGCAUGUGGUGUUAUGUGAAGGGCCUGCGCGUGCUGAGGGACAAGAUGCUAGUGGUCGACCUCCUGAUCAUCCUUUGCGGUAUUGCAGAGCUGCUGAUGUCCAGGGUCAUGGAUGGCCUGAUGAUCGAAAACUUCAACCUGCUGCGCAUGUUUCGCAUUGCGCGCAUCAUCCGGCUGCUGAAGCUCUUCCGGCGCUUCAGCUACCUCAAAGAGCUGCGAAAGCUCCUGACCAUGGCCACGACGUGCAUGCGGACUCUGUGCUGGUCCUUCAUUUUCUGCUUUAUGGUCAUGACGAUUUGGGCCAUGCUGCUGGUCGAUCUCGUGCAACCGCUCAUUCUCAAGCUGCACGAGGAGACCCACGUCUUCAUGGACUGCGAGCAAUGCUUGCGCGCGGCCUCCUCCGUGAUGGACGCCAACCUGCUCCUCUUCAAGACGGUCAUCGCUGGUGACAGCUGGGGGACCAUUGCCAUUCCUGUGAUCGAGG